CCUGCAUUAGAGCGUUAAAGCAAGAUCAGAGUAUAAGAUCACAGCAAGACUCUUCUGCAAAAAACUGUGCCUGCUAUCGGAAUCCUUGUAAGCAAUCAAACCGCUGCUGAUUGUUCCUGGAACAGUUACUUUUUUCGCUCUGCAGCAAACCACCCACACUGGUAGCUUUUUUGUUCUUUUUUUCCAGCUGCCCUCUGCAAACGCUACCAGGAUAGAAGGAAGGGGCGUGGCGAAGACUAUGUAGGCAACCAAUCAGGACAGCGCCUUUUCUCCAGCCGUCACAAUCCUUAGCAAACCAUAGAACCUGCAGCCGCGACAACAAUAACAAUAACAGAGGGGUUCAUUCCCUGGGGUCGAUCAGCUGGGUGUGCGUGGCUGGAGUCAACGGCAGCAAUAGACAGCAGCUGCUACUGUCAGCAGCGUCACAGGGACGGGAACUAACCCAGCAAUCCAAAAGGGACUCAAAAAUAGAAACGUUUCUUCCCAGAAGCAAUGUCAUCGAGUGCGGCGCCCGGGGGGCAAGAGGAGAAUUUGCAAGGUUCUUGGGUGGAACUUCACUUCAGCAGCAAUGGAAAUGGCAGCCCUGCCCAGCCUGCAAGCCAGGAACAAGCUCCAGCUUCUAUUUCUAUUUACAACGGUGACAUGGAGAAAAUUCUCCUAGAUGCCCAGCAUGAGUCUGGAAGAAGUAGUUCACGAGAGAGCUCACACUGUGACAGCCCUCCUCGUUCCCAGACGCCUCAGGACAUUCAGAGGGCUUCUGAAGUUGAGAGCCGUGGCAGCGGUGAAAAGAAUAGCUCUCAGUCUGAAGAAGAUUUCCUGGAAAGGAGGAAAGAAGUGGAACGGCUUUUGCAGAAAAACCCAGAUUGGAUGUGGGAUUGGUCCAGCAGACCUGAGAACAUCCCUCCCAAGGAAUUUCUGUUUAAACACCCUAAGCGUGCAGCUACCCUCAGCAUGAGAAAUACGAGUGUGAUGAAGAAAGGGGGAAUCUUUUCUGCAGAAUUUUUAAAGGUUUUUCUACCAUCUCUGCUGCUUUCUCAUCUGCUUGCCAUUGGAUUAGGGAUUUAUAUCGGAAGACGACUGACAACCACAGCUUCCAGCAGCUCAUUGUAAGAAGGGGAUGAAUAUCUGUCUCCUACAAAGACCGUGACAAUAUUAACCCAGGCAUGCAAAAUGGUGAACAAAAGGAACUUCUGAGUGUGAAACAGCUAUGCGGUUACAUAUGUUCUGUCCUGUCAAUGUUGUGCUCCUGGUUUAAUUGUAGAGGGGAGGAUGAAAAAUCAAAGCCAAGCAACUCCCAUAUAGAACCCCUUUCCUCCCAGCUUGGCAUAAUCUAAAAUAUGCUAAGUGCUAUUGAGGUAUCUUUGAAAGAAAUGAACUAUGUAGAAGAAAAUAAUGUAAUGUUCAUAUACUGAAGGUUAUGUAGCAAGGAAUGUCAUUUGUACUGUUCUUUUUUUAAUUUUGUAAUGCCAUCAUUAGGGUUGCUCUUGGUACCAGCUUACUGUGUAGAGGAAAGAUUGGGUCAAGAGUAUUGUAGCCUUAUAUUUCUAAGUCUCUCUUUACUUGAUUUGAAGUGAUGAUUAAUUUGCUUUAAGAUUUAACUGGUGGCGCAGUGGUAAAACUGCUGCCCUGUAACCAGAAGGUUACAAGUUCGAUCCUGAUGGAAGGUUGACUCAGCCUUCCAUCCUUCCGAGGUCGGUAAAAUGAGUACCCAGAAUGUUGGGGGGCAAUAUGCUAAAUCAUUGUAAACCGCUUAGAGAGCUUCCAGCUAUAGAGCGGUAUAUAAAUGUAAGUGCUAUUGCUAAGUGCUAUUGCUAUUAACCAUGACUUCUAAAUACCCUUUAUGUAGGUCUGUGUGUUUUUGAAUUGGAUCCUUAUGUUUCAAAUGAAUCUUUUCACAUAAAACUAUUCAGAAUGGUGUAAGUAUGCAUGACAUCAGUGUAGUUAGUUUAUACUAAUGCUGAAACAAAGGUUGUCCUGAUUUGGAACACUAUUAUUGUUUGCCCAGAUUCAAAUGAAAGUUUUCUGAACAGCCACAAUGUUAAAAAAGAAUGGUCUGAGGACAAAUCUCUAUCUAGUCUCUCUUGACAUGCUCACCAAUACAGCAAGAUGGCAAAGGUUAUCUCAUGUUUUACCACUUUAUCUGAUCAGAGACAUGAUGAACAUGGAGUUUUGUUAGUUUGUGGCUAAAUAACCCGAUAGGUCUAUCCUCCACGAUUAUUAAUUUUUUAGGUGCAUAUGCUAGAGGCCAUUACUAGGAGACCAGUGCAGAUUUCAAUGGCAAGCCCAUUUAACCUUCAGAAAACAAGAUUUGAUAAACUUAUGACUGUUUGCAAUGUAAAUGAUUUUGCAUUGUGAUGCUCGAGUCUCCGUGGUCCAUGUUGUUUUUCUAUGAAUGUUAAACUCCAGCUGUAUAAUUUUACCAUGGAGACUGCCUCACACAAGCCUAACCGUGUUUAAUCAUGAGUAAAUCCAGUUCAAUAGGAUUUACCCCCCCCCCCAAGUUUGCACAGUAUUUCAACCGUAACUAUAGAUGGAAGGCAUUAAGGAAUGUAAUAGGUGUGCCUGCAAUGUAUUUUGUGUUUCAAGCUUGCAAAAUGCUCAAAACAUUUCAUCAAAACAGUGGCCAAGCCUGCUGUUUUGACAGAAAUACUCUAAAUGGUUCGAGUGCCAUUUUUUUCAGGUAGAGCUAGAAUACCAAUUGAGGUUGGCAGGAAGAUCAGCCCUCCAAGGCAGGCCGAUGCACCAAGUCCAGAACAGAGGCCUGGUCUACCCACCUCACGUGGUAGGUAGACCAGGCCUCUGCUCAUGAUACCAUGUUAGCCCACCUCAGAGGACUGGCCUACCUGCUAACCCCAAUUGGUAGACCAACUCUCACCAGAAAAAAAUGGUGCUUGAAACAAUUGGAACUCAAAAUAGGAUAGUGUUUUUUCAAGCUUGAAACAGGCUCUUUAUUUUAAGGAUAGACUAUUUGUUCUAAUCAAUUUGCACAUCUCUAGAAUGUAGUUUUGCAGUAUCUUCCUCCAAAUCUACCUUUGAGUUUGGUAAGAUCUUUUCUUUCUGUUGCUGUAUAUUUACUGGCUGACAUCCUGACUAAAAUUUCUUGAGGAAAUCUCAUUGAAAUUAAAAGGACAAGUUAGAAAUCCCAUGAGCAGCUGCCACUGUCAAACAAGGCCUUUAGGCAAGUACUCCACAGAUAGUCAUAUUUGACAGCAAAAACAACAAUGAAACUUCUGCCCCAUUUUUAACAGUAUAAACCAGGCAUGCUCAACUUUGCCCCUGCUGCAGAUGUUGGCCUACCACUCCCAUAAUCCCUGGCUAUUGGCCACUGUGGUUGGGGAUUAUGGGAGUUGUAGUCCAUAAACAGCUGGGGGGCCAAAGUUAAGCAGGCCUGGUAUAAAUUAAGGAAGCCUGUUGUAGACCUAAGUUUUCCUCUUUCAAAACUGUUUUUGAUGCUGUGAGAAACCAACCUCAAAGUAUGUACCACUUCAUUAAACAGCUUACAAAUAUCCCUGCUUUGGUUAUCUGUGGGGAAACACUCAUUACAGUGAUAAAAAUGUAGUGUAACAAUUUCUGCAUUUAGCCUUAAGUGACCUGAAAUAACUGCUUCCCAGUUAGAAACAAAGGCAAAGUAUUCUCUGGCAUACACCUAUAUUAACCUUGUGUUCUUAUAAUAGGAUCAGACUAAAAUCAAGUAUGCAUUUCUCAUUUCUUUUGGCCUUGUAAUUUGACAAGCAUGGAUUUUCUUUGUGCUUGAAUAACACUGAAAUUAAUAUAGCUGUUACUGUGUACAGCAGUAGCAGUUCAUAAUAGCCUGUUGCGCAAACAGUUAGUAUACUCUGAAAUAUCAUAAUUUAAUAAAACUAGAUGAGUCACUUGGAGUCGUUAAUCACAGGCUUUGUUGUUAUCUGAUUGCAGUGGGGCUACAUCUAUAAAGAUUGCCCCCAUUCAGCUAUUCCUUGCAAGUAGUGGGGGCUUCAUCUUGCCUAUGUAGCUUUCCUGCCUAUAAGGACUUCUCCAUUCACUUCAAUGGAAAAACAGGCCCAUGAAUGCAAAAGGGAAGACAAGUGGAGAUUUUCCCUGUUUGAGUGUAGAGACUGUAGAGCACCACAUGGAGCUGGAGCAUUCCACUUGCGAGGUUCUGCACAGGCGCAUAACCCAACCCAGGCUUAUGAAUAGGCUACAGGUCUCAUUAAAAGAUCUGCAGAUAUAGGAGCUCAAUAAAUGCAUUGAUGCUUUCAGAUUUCUGGGAUAAAGCUGUGUGUUUCCUGGACUUUAGGGAAAAAUUAAAGGCCAUGGUUUCCUUACGUACAAUCUUGAGUAGAGAAAGCAUACCUAGAGAAAAUUCUGCAUAUUUUAAACGGUUGUACCUAUCUUUGAAAUGCUAGUUCAGAACAAAUAAAACUAUCAAUAUUUUUGAAA